AGGGAGUUUUUACUGGUCGGUUAGUUCUCUCCUCUGCGUGGCUAUAAGAGUGGCGGUGGUUUUUUGUUUGUUUGUUUUGUGACCACAUGUGGAUAGAGUCUAGAGUGCCACUUAACCAUUUCUCCAAACUAAGCGUACUUCUCUCGAAGUGCUGAGCUUGAGAUACUUGGCAUCACUCAAGAUGCUGACUGGUGAAGAGGAAUUUCUGCUGUAUUUCAUAGCAUCAUAUCAUAGGAUGGCUCGGGUUGGUAGGGACCUUACAGACCAUCCAGUUCCAGCCCUCUGCCAUGGGCAGGGAUGCCACCCACUAGAUCAGGUUGCCCAGGGCCUCGUCCAGCCUGGUCUUGAACGCCUGUUUCCACCUCAUCAUUUGGAAUAUAAGCUUUUCCCUUGUAGCUUCCAAGUACAAUAGUCAAUGUAGGAUAUUUUGCAAUGUGAGCUUUGUCUUAGUAUACAACCUUUGUCUCUCUUUUGUAAAUGCAACGUUAUGUGCUUGAUUUAACUUGUACAGUCUAUUCUUGUGAAUACAUCGGUUAUUACUGGAGACUUAGCAUAAAGUUCUACAAUAAAAGAUAAUGAAAUGCUUUAGUAGGCAAAUCAUCUAAUUGCUGCAACCGUAGCCCUGGAGUUACAGAAUGACCACUCUGUAUGCUUGCAUACAAUCAUUUCUUUUUCAAAGGCUUUGUCUUCAUGCUUGAAAUGACAAGGCUUGUUGGAAAGUAGAAGACUUCUUUUAAUUUUUUUCUUUUUUGUCCCCCAAUUUUCAUUAUAGUAGUACUUCCCAAAUACUGCUGGCCUAGGCAGUCCGGAUUUCCCAGCUGCUCCAGCUCUGUCUCUGUGGUCCCUCGGACCCUCCCAGGUGUGCAUUUCGGACCUGGCUGUGUAGCAGUGACCAGGAGGGGACACUUCCCUUCCCACCCCUUGCCCAGCUGAGGGGCUUACCCCGGGCUGCACCCCUACAGCAUCCUACACCUGGCUCUGUGCUCUCCUCAAGUCUCCUCCUGCCUCCGAGUCCGAGUUAUCCCACCACCUCCAGCCAGUUCACGAUUUUGGGCUAGCCUGCUGCUCAGUCAAGUGGUGUUAGAGACCCGAUGAGUGCUGUAUGCAGUGUGGGAUCUGUGGGAGCCACAAGAAGUAGGUGUUUGGAGCUUCCCCAUCUUGAAAGGUCAGAAGUUUGAAGAACUGCCAUAUGCUGUAUUUUGGUGACGGGGUUUAACUUCGUGACUCUUUGUAUUUUAAAUGAGGUAAUAGGAGGUUGCUGAGCUAGUCAAGUUAUUGGAUUUAGCAAAGAAGUAGAGCACUCUUUGUUCAUUUGCACUGUGUACUUUCGAGUGAUUCUAUUGUAGCCCGUCACAGAUGUGACAGGAGAUCCACAUUGUUUCUUACUGAGGUUUCUUUGUUGACCUCCUCAAUCCCAGUAGGAAGCCUAGUGUACUGGUUAAAACCUUAAUAUGAAUGCUUUGCUGUCAUUGCAAACAUGAUUUAAUAGGAUGAUCUGACUUUUUGUAAGCCUUCGACAGCACAACUUCUUUCAGGGGCGAGCUGAGAAAAUUCUUCAAGUACAGGCAGCUGUUUUACGGAACUGACAUCAUGCAAAAAAUGUUUUCUUAAUUCAUGCAACUGCAGCUUGUUAGAAUACUUUAUGCAAAUGAAACAAUAUAACACAAGUCUUGAGAUUGUUCUGAGCUUAGUCACAGUCAGGGCUGCAGCGUGGCGUUAGCAUGAAGAUUUAUCAGCAGCCGACGUUCAGACCUGGUGCCCAGAAGACACGCAGUUGGAGUAUGGAAAGUUGCUUUGUAGUGUAGGGUUUUUUGUUUGUUUUGUGUGGGUUUUUUGUUUGUUAUUGUACUUAUUGUUACUGCAGAAGACAUUGAGGGGACCCAUCUUAGCAAGUAAACUUGCAGAACUUACACCCUUCUUUUUAAGCUGAAGUUUCCCAGCAGGUCGCCUGUCUUCCCAGGCAGAGGAGAACAGCUGACCCUGUGGCUUUCAGUAGUGCUUUCGGCCACAUGCAGAUGCUGAAGUAAUAGGUUAAGCAAAGACAUUGCGGGUCCAUCUGUUCAUCCAUUCAUUGUUCUGCUUGCUUGCCUGAAGUCUGCAGCUGAAAUCGUGUUAAGGAGUUGCUUCUGGAACAGCUACAAGAAACCAAUGUCUGUGUGUUUUCCAGCGAACGAAUACGGAACACUUUAUAUUCAGGAAUACAAGAAAAACAGCAAAGUGGAGUCAAGUACAUGCAGCAGCUUCAUGGGCUUGAAGGAUCACCUGGGGCAUGACUUAGGCCAUCUUUAUGUGGGGAGCACUGGCACACAAAUAAAUGCAAUUGUACCUUGGUCGAUGGCGGACAAGCCGACGAUGGAUAAGGUUAAUUCUAGGAAAGAAGAUGUAGACAAGGAGGCAUCUGAAGAGACUUCAGGAAGCUCCAGUUGUGACUCUGAAGAAAGCACAAAUUCCGAUAAUGAUUCAGAGAAACUGAAUAAUUCUGCAUCAGAAUCGCAUUUACUGCCUAAGACUCACCGACAGCUGUGCCGAUCUCCUUGCUUAGAGCCUCAUAUUCUAAAAAGAAAUGAAAUCUUGCAAGACUUUAGGAUAGAAGAGGCUCAGAUAGUACCGAAGGAAGUCAAAAAGCCCCCUGAUGUGGUGAAAGAAUAUCAAACCAAACUGGAGUUUGCACUUAAGUUGGGUUACUCUGAAGAGCAGGUUCAACUUGUACUAAAUAAACUUGGUACUGAUGCUUUAAUAAACGAUAUUUUGGGAGAACUUGUCAAACUUGGGAAUAAAACUGAGACUGAUCAGUCUGUAACUAAUGCUAACACUAGUGUAAUGCGUGAAGCGUCUUCCAUAGAGUCUCAGAGGUCAGAAUCUCCGCUGCAGGAGGAUGUGCCGGAGGAUGGUGACAACCUGAGGCCAAUAGUUAUUGAUGGCAGCAAUGUUGCAAUGAGCCACGGGAAUAAAGAAGUAUUUUCUUGUCGAGGAAUCAAAUUGGCAGUAGACUGGUUUUUGGAAAGAGGCCAUAAGGAUGUUACAGUGUUUGUGCCAGCAUGGAGGAAAGAACAGUCAAGACCUGAUGCUCUCAUCACAGAUCAAGAGAUCUUGCGUAAAUUAGAAAAAGAGAAGAUUCUUGUGUUCACACCGUCCCGCCGAGUGCAAGGGAGAAGGGUGGUAUGCUACGAUGACCGAUUCAUAGUGAAGCUGGCCUUUGAGUCAGAUGGCAUCAUUGUUUCUAAUGACAACUACAGGGAUCUAGCUAAUGAGAAGCCUGAAUGGAAGAAGUUCAUAGAUGAACGCUUGCUGAUGUAUUCAUUUGUUAAUGACAAAUUUAUGCCUCCUGAUGAUCCUCUUGGCCGCCAUGGCCCAAGUCUGGACAAUUUUCUUAGGAAGAAGCCUAUUGUGCCAGAACAUAAGAAGCAACCUUGUCCAUAUGGGAAGAAAUGUACCUAUGGACACAAGUGCAAAUACUAUCAUCCAGAAAGAGGAAAUCAGCCUCAGCGAUCUGUAGCUGAUGAGCUUCGUGCCAUGUCUAGAAGCACAGCUGCCAAAACUACAAGUGAAGGAGGACUGGUAAAAAGCAAUAGUGUUCCCUGUAGUACUAAGAAUGAUGGCACUUCUGAGCUUAAGCGUGCCGCUCCGAAAAGGCAAUCGGAUCCUAGUAUAAGGACUCAAGUCUAUCAAGACUUGGAGGAAAAGCUUCCCACCAAAAACAAAUUGGAAACCAGGUCUGUACCUUCCUUAGUUAGCAUACCAAGUUCCUCUGCUGCAAAACCCCAAAGUACUGCACCUUUAACCAACGGCCUUCCAUCCGGAGUUCAUUUCCCACCUCAGGAUCAAAGACCACAGGGACAAUAUCCUCCUACAGUGAUGAUGGCAACCAAAAAUCACGGAACGCCAAUGCCUUACGACCAGUAUCCAAAAUGUGAGUCUCCCGUGGAUGUAGGGUAUUACUCUAUGCUGAAUGCGUAUUCAAGUCUGAGUAUAUCUGGUCCACGUAGUCCCGAAAGGCGCUUCUCCUUGGACACAGAUUAUAGGAUCAGCUCUGUGGCUUCUGACUGCAGCAGUGAAGGGAGCGUUAGUUGUGGCAGCAGUGAUUCCUACGUGGGUUACAGCGACCGCUCCUACAUGAGUUCGCCUGACCCGCAGCUGGAGGAGAACUUGAAGUGCCAGCACAUGCACCCCCACGGCCGCCUUAACUCCCAGCCCUUCUUACAGAGCUACCACGAGCCUCUAACACGAGUGCAGAGUUACAGUCACGAAGAACCAAAGCAUCACCACAAACCUCCAGUUCCGUACAUGGCUGUGCAUCUGCAGCAUCCAGCAGUCGGUGCUCGUUCUAGUUGCCCAAACGACUACCCAGCGUCUCAGAGCUCGCCACACUCAAAGACCAUGCACCUGGGGAGAGCCCUCGUGUCCACCAGAAUCGACAGCAUUUCGGACUCGCGUUUGUACGAUAAUUCUCCACUGAGACACAGGAAGCCUUUUUCUGGCCAAGACGGGCUUGGAAGCUGGGACAGGCAGAGUUACGGGGUUGAUGCCUACGGCUACCGUCAGACCUACUCCUUGCCCAGUAACCCCACGCAGCCGUGCUACGAGCAGUUUGCCUUCCAAAGCCUGCCCGAACAGCAGGACCAGACCUGGCGCGUACCUUACUGUGGAAUCCCUCAAGACCCCCCGAGGCACCAAGACACCAGGGAGAAGGUUUACAUAAACCUGUGCAACAUCUUCCCCCCCGAUCUUGUGAGGAUUGUCAUGAAAAAAAACCCUCACGUGACGGACGCGCAGCAGCUCGCCGCAGCCAUCUUAGUGGAGAAAUCUCAGCUAGGUUAUUGAGAGAUGAUGCAUCUUUGUGGUGUCUAGUAGUUUUUCAGCUCAGCUCUAAUGCUGAGGGAGGUUUGCUACAAUAGCAUUUGGGAUCUCCUUCUCAGCAAGGAGGUUAUAUAGUAAUCCAUUUAUGUGAAAUACUGUAUCAUGGAGUCUGUAUGUAUAGCCCCAUGCAUCCGAAGUACCCGGUAUGUUUUGUGUUCUAGUUUGAAAAUUUUUAAAUGGCUAUUUUCAUGGCUGGAGGAUGCUCCAGUUUAAAUUAAUAUAUACAUAUAUAUAUAUAUGAAAAAAAAAAUCUGUCGUCUCUGGUUAUAAUCUUUGGUGCAUCAGGGGUUUAUAUGCAGCACUUUCUAUCCUUGUUACAUGUUGUUGCGAUUUUCGGUUUUGUUUUUUAACUUGCUGGAUGUUUGUACUUGGGCUGCGGGGUGUCAAAACGACCUGCAGAGAGAGGAUUUUGCUUCUUCCAGCAGACAAUUUUCAAGCCAAGUUUUUGAACUUUUUACAACACCAUGUUUGUUUGUUUGUUUGUUUUUGUGGGCUUUUUUUGUGUGCUAUAAUCAUAUUUAUAGGAAACAAAGAUUUACUACAGCACUGACUUUAUUUUUUAAACGAAUAAUUGAGUUACCAGUUAACGGUGAAAUGGGUAACGAUAUAUUAGUAAUUUAUAGUACGGCACUUUUCAUUGCUCUUUGUUUUGUUUAAAUAGUUACAUGUUUUGUUGAUGCAGUUGAUUAGUAAGAUCAAAUGCAAUCAGAGGACAAUUUUUUUCGUAUUAUUUUUAUUUUUUACUUAUUUAUGGAUAAGGUGGAAAGCCUUACUGCCUGAUUUUCAAAGGUGCUGAGAAUUUGCAGCCCCCUUUGAACCUACCACAAACUGCAAACACUCAGUACCUCCUAAAAACAGGCCACCUUGUUUCAAUUCCCAUGUGCUGUUUUCCAGCUUUGUGUACUCCUGGUCAGUAGAAAGGGUCCUGAAAUCAUAGGGUUCUGUUUAGUUGUUUUAUGUGUUUUUCUUUGUAUUGCUGCACCAGUGUACUGGAUAAAAUACGCUUUUCAUAAAAUAUUUACCUGUUUUUAAAUGAAUUUAAUUAUCUCAAUGCAAGUUUUGUAUUUAAGAUACUGUUUGAUUUUUUCUUGCUAUUUAUCAAGGCUGGCCUGAAAAGGGUUUGUGUGUUGAGGAUAUGCAACGUUUAUUAACUGCACUAUGGUAACGAUAUUGUAGCUCAAAAUAAUAACUUAAACUUUUUGUCUUUUCUGUUUUGGUUGGGGAGGGAGGGUCGCGGGGAGAGAAGAGGCUGUAUGUGUUCCUGAGGUUAGUCCUUGGCCUGUUGCAUCGUGGAGGCCUGAUUCUUGCCACAAAUAGUGUAGUUUUAGAAACAGACAAAACAAGUCUGUUUUAGUACUAGUAAGGGAUAUUUCUGGUUAAAGUCAUGGGUUUUACUAGCACCUCGUAAGCUUUUAUAUAUAUAUAUAUAUAUAAAAUAGAAAUAGAUCUUGCAAUUGAUGUCAGUUGUACUUAACAUGACAUAGUCAGUUACCUACAGUUUUAGGUUUCCAUCCGUUGUAAUGUUUUUCAGUGUUAAAAAAAACCCUAGUUUACACUAUUACUGCUGAUAAUUUUGGUACACUUGCUGGAAUUUAAAGGCCCUGAAGAACCAGAAAGUACCUUUUACUGUUGAUACAAAUUGUAUCUUUUUAACUGAGAACUAUUUUGAUUUGUAGAUUUAGUAGAAACACAAACGUAUAACUAUAGUCUUUUGGGCAACAUUUUAUCCCUUAUUGGAAAAUUAGAGUUUUCAGACAUAGAAUAGACUUAGGCGAGUAAAAAUAGAUAUUUAUUUAGGUGUCUGUCUCAAUUUCACAUAUUAAAAAAAAAGAAAGAAAGAAACUAUUGGCAUCUUCUUCCUUCUAAAAUCUUUGUAGUGUAAACUCACUAAAAUAAAGGUAAAAUGCUGCCUGAAAAUGAUGUCCAAGCACCUUUGAAUACGAAGACAUUUUCACUACUUGCGCGACACCAUGUGUUGCGGUGAGUAGGAUUUGGGUAUACAGUAAAUGCUUCUAAAGAGCAUUGUGCUUAUAGACAUAUUCAAUAAUCUGAACCAUGUUCAGCAAACUAAUUCAGGAAGUAGUGUUCCAGACAGCUUUUACUGCUGAUUUGGCGUGGGAUCUGCAUUCGCCUGUCCCUGUGACAAUACAGGAGGUGCUGUACAUAAUCUAGCCUGAGUUGUCUGUUUGACAGUAGUUUUUCCCUUGGUUUGGUGGGUCGCUGUCUGUAGAGCAUGUCUGAACGUAGAGGUUGAUGCAGCGCUAGCGCUGAGGUUUGGAGUGGUAAAUGGGUCUCAUCUCAGUUGUACUCUAAGAUUUUUUAAAAACUGAAUUACACUGAAGUACUACACCAUAGUGUAGAUGCAGCUGUUUUAGUACUGCAAUUAUUGUAUUUGUGUUUUUGAUGAGUUUCUACAUUCAUUUUUAUGUAGGAAUUCACUUCUGCCAAAAGAUGAAUUCCUUAAACGCGAACAGAAGCGUGUGCAUGUAAAAGAGGCGUUUCAUCUUUCCUCCCUGUCACGCGAGCCUCAGAAGGCUUCGAGCAGCGCCGCCGUGCCCAGGUCGGAGCUGCCGGCAGUGGCACCGCCGCGUGCGGCAUCAGGCCCCUGGAAGCGUGGUGGUGGCGGGGGAAUCCUUGCCGUACGGUCUGUGCUUUGUGCUGAAGCACUGAAAAUGCUUUAAAAGUAUAAGAACGGGAGAUAUUUGGUGGUUCUUAAUGUUGUGCAAUGAUGUGCUAGUUCCCCUUAGGCUCUUACGUUGGGUAAAGAAAACACGCAGUGGACAAAGCGUUGGCCUUGGUAUUUCCUUUGUUGUUGUCGUGAGUAGCAGAGGGAAGGAGGAGGUGUGUGUGACCUCCCCCUCCAGGAGGAGAUCAGUCUGUGGAUUUAGCACCCUGUAGAGAGGAAACCAGUGCUAAGCACGAACGCGAUGGUACUGGUCAGUACUGCGCCUGUUGGUGUAGUUGCGUUGAUGCAAAUAACUGAACUGUAGCAUCUUAAACAGUAAAAGGUGGCUCGUUAACAUUGUCUUUGCUGCAAGUGCUGGAGUUAGAGAGAAUAAAGCACAGUUAGGCCUGUCCCACCCCUAAAAAGAGGGCAGCGCUUUCCCUUGUCUUCACUACUCAAGAGUUGUUUUGAUACUUAGCAGAAACUACAUAUUUUUAAAUACAAUCCAAGCCAUUAUAGCUCCCUCAGUAAUGGUGUGUAGAUACACGGUGUUUUGAGGGCACGAUGACAUUAGGCAUCUGCCCACAACAGUUUUGUAUAUGAAGUGUGUUGCCAAUAUUUAGAGUUCUUAAAAUGCCCCGUGGAUACCUGACUUUGAGCUCAACGUGCCCGGGCUGCAACAGUGUUAAUCACUAAGAUGUCUUUUUUGAAAAAAAUCCCAAAAUGUCAUGUUGUUGUUUUGUUAUUUUGUUUUUUAAUACCUUAAACUCACUUGCCAACUACCGCUAAUGCUCUGAGGUAAGGCCACAUCCUUUCAGGAGUCCCGUUGUCUGUGGUAUGUCUGAACUGUCGCUCGGUGCUCCGCUGCAGAGUAGCUCCGAGGAGAGCCAGAAGUCUGCCGUGUUCGUGGAACACCCCAAAAAGGAGGAGUGCCAGCCUGGGGAUGCCCUUGAAGGGGACUUUUGCAGCCUUUGAGUAUGCGGACUGUUGCUGACUUGUUGCCGACCUUCUGCUGUGAAAGUAGUAGUUAAUGGUGAACACUUCUCCAAAAAUACCAAACCCGUCAGUGCAAACCGGAGUACCUCACUUGGAGCGGGAAGCCGGAGGCUCUUGUCCCCGCGGGGUGACAGAGGGAGGACGCAGUGCCCGGGGGAGAGGUGCCGCAGCACCUCGCGAGACUACCAAAACCCUUGUCAGUUCUACCAGUUGCUGGUUUGACCAACUUUGAUGUUUUUGACGUGUGAAGCUUGAAAAAAAAAAAAAAAGAGCGAGAUGCUUUUCGUACUGUCUAAAGCAUUUAGAAUAAUACAACACCCAACUGACUUUGCAUUGCUACUGAGAAAUUAACAUACUGUGCAAUUAAAGAGACCUUUUUUUAAUAAAAA